GCCGGAAGUGGGGAGCGACCCGGAAGUUCCCACCCGGCAGAGCUGGUCGGCUGGGCUAUUCGACGCCCCCCGGGCAGAUCCAGUCCCACCGCCUCUGCGAGGGCUCCCGCUGCCGGACUGGCCAUGGACGACACGCUGUUCCAGUUGAAGUUCACAGCGAAGCAGCUGGAGAAGCUGGCCAAGAAGGCAGAGAAGGACUCGAAGGCCGAGCAGGCCAAGGUGAAGAAGGCCCUGCAGCAGAAGAACGUGGAGUGUGCCCGCGUGUACGCGGAGAACGCCAUCCGCAAGAAGAACGAGGGUGUGAACUGGCUGCGCAUGGCGUCUCGCGUGGACGCCGUGGCCUCCAAGGUGCAGACGGCUGUGACCAUGAAGGGGGUGACCAAGAACAUGGCGCAGGUGACCAAAGCCCUGGACCGAGCCCUCAGCAGCAUGGACUUGCAGAAGGUGUCCGCGGUGAUGGACAGGUUCGAGCAGCAGGUGCAGAACCUGGACGUGCACACCUCGGUGAUGGAGGACUCCAUGAGCUCGGCCACCACGCUGACCACGCCGCAGGAGCAGGUGGACAGCCUCAUCGUGCAGAUCGCAGAGGAGAAUGGCCUGGAGGUCCUGGACCAACUCAGUCAGCUGCCCGAGGGCGCCUCGGCCGUGGGCGAGAGCUCCGUGCGCAGCCAGGAGGACCAGCUGUCACGCAGGUUGGCCGCCCUGAGGAACUAGGAGCCCGCAGGGCGCUGCCUGGGCAGUGUCCCCACGUCCUGCCUCCGCCUCGGGGCUGCCCCUGCGGCGGCGCCGGUCCUCCCCGCUCUCAGCGUCUCUCGCCUGCCCAGCCUCGGACCUCUUGUCCUCUGAGGCUGGUGGUGGGUGAG